AUGCUUAUGUACCCACGUAAGGGUCUCAUCACCGAUCCAUUCAACCCCGAGGACAUCAUCAUACAAGACGAUCAAUAUCCACCCGAGUUCGUCGAGAACUCUCUCCAAUACCAGCAACUUCAACAGCAACAGUCGUGCUUGCAACCACCCUUCCACUACCAGCCGAACCCACUGGAUCAGUUCGCCUCCCCGCCUUCUUCCGCACCCUCCUCGCCCACCUUCUCAUCUCCGACCUUCUCCUCCAUCACCUACCCUCCUGCGACGGCCGACAACCAGUCUUUCGGGGCUCCUUCGAUGACCCCAGCCUCCUCCUACAACCCGUCGUUUGACCUUCAGGGCUCUGCCUCGCCAUCCUCGCAGUAUAUCUCACACUACCCGCAAUACUAUAGUCCCAUGUUGGCUCAACAGCCCAUCGCCAGCAACCAAGGUUGGGAGAGCAACCUGCAGCUGCUGAGCCCCGCCCGCAUCCCAUUCCCACAGAAGACCUCACCCAGCUCGGUCUCCUCCCGGUCCGCUCUGUCUGGUCACUCCAUCUCACCUAACCACGGCCAUCGGCGGUCGGACAGCUCAUCAAAGCCUCUGCCCACCCCGGUGCAAACGCCCGUUCAGAACUCAUUCCUUGCGGUUCCAUUCCAGAACUACGAUCCAUCGACCUACGAUGGCAAUGUCGAAGCGGAGUCGGCGAUGAGGAAGGCGAUCAUGGACCAGCAGCAAAAGCACCAGGCUUCGUCCGCACAGCAGCAGCAGCAACAGCAGCAGCAGCAGCAGCAGCAACAACAGCAGCAGAGUGACUACUCGUUGGCUCCCUCGGUCUCGACGAUGAGCCACAACUCGCCCGUGACCCCGCAGACCAGUCUGGAUGAGCUGGAUGAUACAAAGGCGAUGACCAAUGGUGAGAUCCACCUUCCUCAGGUGGAGUGCUGGAUGAACGAGUACUUACACUUCGACCCGCCAGAUUACGGUAACAGCAACGGCAUGAUCGGUAUUCCCAAACUGAACCGCACCAUUUCCGAUAUCUAUCAGGACGAGCUGUUCAACCCCACCAUCAUGACCGCCCCGCAGAUACAGAAGCCGAUCAACUCGAACAUGCUGGCCCCCCGCAACCUCAUGGCCGACCGAUUGCAGGCCGCCCACCAGGGCCACAUGUCCGUUCGGUCUGGGUCUCCGGCCAUGGGUCUGAAGCGAGAGCGUUCGCCCUUCCGCCAGAACUCCCCUUUCGCUGCCGACCUGAACCAGAUGGCCACCAGUGUGCCCAUGCCUCAGAACGUCAUGAGCAUGGCUCCGUCGACUACGGGCCAGACCGAUCUCAAGACCAUGUCCCCCAAGGAUGCGGUGCUGGAUCUGGACGAGGGCGACACCCUCGGUUUGCGCCGUGAGAGCUCGGGAUCCAUGCGGGCGGCGAUGUCGUCGAUGGAGGCCUUCCCUACCCAGUACGCGACCGUCCAGCCACCCCAGUUCUCUUACCAGACCCGUCCGCAGCCAAAUCUCCUGCAUCAGACUCCAGAUUUCCCGGCCUCGCUUCCGCGGCUGGAAUCUACAGGUAGUGAGCUGCCGUCGGGCACUAUGACCCCGCAGGCCAAGCUGCCAGUCAACGAUGGUCUGGUUCGGCCGAGCAACACCUCGUCGGAUGCGGGCACCUACACUUGUACCUACCAUGGCUGCUCGCUCCGCUUCGAGACACCCGCCAAGCUCCAGCGACACAAGCGCGAGGCACAUCGCCAGACGACCCCUGGCGGUCACCUGAUUACUCGGGAUACUUCGCUUCGCAAUUCUCAGGCUGGGCCCCAUAAGUGCGAGCGCAUCAACCCGUCUACGGGCAAGCCGUGCAAUUCGAUCUUCUCUCGGCCCUACGAUUUAACCCGGCACGAGGAUACGAUCCACAAUGCCCGCAAGCAAAAGGUGCGGUGCCAUCUGUGCACGGAGGAGAAGACCUUCAGUCGCAACGAUGCCCUGACGCGACACAUGCGCGUGGUGCAUCCGGAGGUGGACUGGCCGGGCAAGCAGCGACGCCGGGGAAGAGACUGA